AAUUUCAGAUAGAAUGGCGGAGCAAACUGAGAGAGCUUUUCAGAAGCAGCCGACCAUCUUCUUGAAUAAGAAGGGAGGUCUGAAACCCUCCGAGUCGAGGUUCUUCUACAACCCCGGUCUAGGAUUCAAGAUCCCCACCGAGGCCAGAACCGGAAACUAUAUCGAUAAAAAGUGCCCCUUCACUGGCAAGGUUUCAAUCCGUGGACGUGUUCUCACUGGUUUAAUUACCAAGACCAAGAUGAACAGGACUGUUGUGAUCAGGCGUGAUUACCUUCACUACGUCAAGAAGUACAACAGGUUCGAGAAGAGGCACAAGAACAUGUCUGUCCACCUCUCCCCCUGCUUCAGGGACGCCCGGGUUGGAGAUGUCGUCACUGUCGGAGAAUGCAGACCUCUCAGCAAGACCGUGAAGUUCAACACCUUGAAGGUCACCAAGAGCCAGGCCAGCAAGAAGUCCUUCAACAAGUUUUAAUCUGUACGUUGAAACAUGAGAAAUAAACGAUAUGUUCGGAGCGACGUGUUUCAAUCUUCCUCGUUUCAGAA